UCAGUUCGGUAUGGCUCGUCGACCGAAACGGUCGGCGCUCGUGCUAGCGGUCGCGUUAGUGGCGUUCUGCCAAGUGGUGCACUAUCGGUGUUUGGCUAGUGGCGUCGUCCACUCAGCAUUGGCUGCCAGCAGUAGUGGUGAAGCAGAUGCCGCCGAUCUGGAUGCGGCGGAAAGCAACCAUCGGGCGUUGCUUAAUCUGCCCAAGUUUGGCGAUCGGCUUGCACCACGCAACCGUCCCAAUGUGGAGGACAUCGGUCCGGGUGUGCCAGUGUCCGGUGGUAGUGCAAGACAGGCCCGAGGGCCCACAGUGUACGGGAGGGCGGGAGUUGGGUUAGCACCAGCGGUUCACCCGUUAGCUCCGUCCAGCGACAAUGACAUCAAGCGUAGUGAUGUGAUGAUGGUGAGCGGUCGUAGUGUGAACGGUGCGGGUGUACGUGCUGGCUCGCAGGACCUCACCGAAGAGGACGACGAGGAAGUUGAUGAGGUGGAGCCGGAGGGCGAGGGUGAGGUCGAUGCGGAAGAAGAAGAGCAGGAGGUGGGGAAGGAUGAAGGUGAUCAAUCCGGUGGUGACUAUUUCGCGGUCGAUUCGUCAUCGCACAGGGAGAAGAACUCCGACACGGAACAGCUCGCACAGAAUCGGCUCGAUACGGUGCCGAUGACGCGCGUCAGUGCAGGCAGUGCUGGUGUGGUGGAAAGUGCAGGUCGAAGUGCCGGCAUCGGGCUCAACAUUGCCAGCAUCAGUAAUGCGUCAUCUGCGCAGGCGCAUCGGCUCGAAAUGUCGACCGAGUUCUUCGUAGUGCCAUCGACAGCGUCGUCUGCGGCGUCUCGUUCGACUACCGUGCGGCCCGGUGGGGUCAUACUGGCUGCGCGUCAUCCUUCGGCUGCAUCGAGCAGCAGCAGUACAACACGCCAGAACGUGACCCCACCGACGGUAGUGUCGACGACCGGGUACGCGGGCGGUCUCCGUAAAGAACCUUGGGUUGUGCCGGUGUUGGUGCUUGCCUCGCUGUCGAUGCUGAUGAUGGCCGCGUUCGAGGUGUUCGUACUGUGCAAGGCCUGGAGGACGUCUCCUAGCCGGAGGCAUCUUUUCCUCGGCCAGAUGCUACUGCUCGGGUUGUUUGCCUGUUCGGGGCUGGCCGCAGUUCUUACCGUCAACCCGACGAUUCUCUCGUGUGCUACGAUGCGCUUCGGUGCCGGUGUUGCGUUCGCGCUCGUCUUUGCCUCGCUGCUGGUCAAGUGCGUGUUUCUGAUCAGCUUAAAUGGAGGCGUGUACUUGCCGGCACCUUACCAAGGUCUGCUGCUGCUGUUCGCCGUGCUCAUUCAGGUGGCCGUCGGUGGCCAGUGGCUGCUAACCUCACCUCCCAGUGUUGACAAUGUACCCGUGGGCGCAGGCGUCGGUACCGGUGGUGGUACGGCAGUGUCUAGCCGCUAUCAUCUGCUCCUAACUGCAGGUGACCUAGCGGCGACCGCCAGCCCCACCAUCCCGCUCUGCCACACCCCAUUCGCGGAGUUACUGCUCUCGUUGAUCUAUAUCGUGUUUCUGAUCGUGUUCGUCGCCAUACUGGCAAUCAAAUCGCGCGGCAUUCGGGACAACUACCGCGAGGCAACGUACAUUGGUCUCGCGAUCGGUGGCAUCAUUCCGAUUUGGCUCGGAUGGACGCUGUGCGGGCUGGCGGUGGCCGAUCGGCAUCGGGACGCGUGUCUUGCGUUCGGGCUUGUGGCCACCUCGUCCACAGUGUUUUUGGUAAUGUUUAUGCCCAAGGGGCGUCAGCUCGCUGCGAUGGGUAAGGAGGGCCUGUAUGUGGAGGACCGUGAGGAACGCUUCAGUUCGCUUAGCAGAGCAGGGUCCGGCUAUUCGCCCUCGUUCUUCCACUUCAAACCGAUCAAGUAUGGUGUCAUGGGACCGUCGCCGACACUGCAGACGGCGAGUGCGAACCUGGUCGGUACAACGGCUGCCUCGGCCACUACCAAGCAUCAUCAGGCUGUUGCAACAUUAGGCGGAGAUCGCGUUGCACUGGUUACGGCACCACCGAGCUAUACGCCACGCAUGUAUCAUUACUUUCCAGCACACAUGACACACCCCUUCUGUUACUACCCCUCACUGGCACCGCAGCAGGCCCGAUACCCAGGCCUUUUUAUGCGACCGGAUGAGACGAAUCUGUACACCACGCUCGAGCAGACAAUGAGCAGCAACCCGAACGUGUACUUCCAACGUGGUGGCGGUGUCCAUCCGGGUAUGAUGUACUAA